AUGGAGCAACACUCAGAAAUGGGACCGCCACCCACUCCAACUACGGUUGAUCCCCCGUCAUAUGCGGAAUCCGUGGCCGAAACCCUUGACCUAUUUUUCUUUCCAGACUGGCAUUACAGAGGCGGAUGCGACGACUCCAUGCUCAAAACACUAGAUGACCUGCUCAACAAAGAUCUAUCUUUCAUGCACCCAGGGACAGAUUUCUACGCGUUCUACUCCUUCCUGUUGAAAAUGGGCGAGCAACGCUUGGAGGUGUGGAGCCCGGAAGGACUUUUCCAACCCAUCGCGGUCAUCGAACUUCGAGGGACAUAUAUACGUGAGUUACGUGCCUGUGAGGGAAGGGCUCUUGUGUAUUUGAUGCACCCGAAGAAUGAGCCGUAUGUCAAAGAAUGCUAUUUCAUCGUUCAGGAAACGAUCUCGCCUUUACCCCAGAGGAGUGGCGUCGCGGGGAAGCUGGUAUCACUGUUUGACAAGUCGAAGCAGGUGCAGCGGAAGUAUUGGGUCAAGGCUACACUUCAUGGGGAACGGUAUGUCUUUCGUGAAGUGGCCUCGGGAGAGGAGCCAAUGCCGGAAGAGUGUGUUGGUGUCAGGUCUAUCUGCUAUCAGAAGUUCUGGGCUUGA